AUGGCGGAGUGGCACCAAUUCCUUCAAUCGGUGUUGUUCGGGCUAAUCUUCUCCUACCUGCUCGCGAAGCUAUUCUCCGUUAUAUUCACCUUCCGCGACGAUAAUCUGAGGAUCGCGCGAGCUAGUUCAUCGGAACCCGAAGCUGAAGAGAAAGCCGCAGAUUAUUCGGAUGAGAAUGAGCCCUUGAUCCCCGGAGAUGGGAUAUACUCGUAUCAUGAUCAUAGUGAUAGUGAUGACGAUUGGGAGGGCGUUGAGAGUACCGAAUUGGAUGAGAUCUUCAGUGCCGCCACUGCGUUUGUUGCGGCCACGGCUGCCGAUAGGGCGGCCGUGAAGGUGUCCAAUGAAGUCCAGCUACAGCUCUAUAGCUUGUAUAAGAUCGCGAUCGAGGGACCAUGUUCGGAUCCAAAGCCUUCUGCCUUGAAAAUGACUGCUCGUGCCAAAUGGCAAGCAUGGAAGAAAUUGGGUGCUAUGCCUCCUGAAGAAGCAAUGGAGAAGUACAUUGAUGUUGUUUCGGAGUUAUAUCCCACUUGGGCUUCUUGCCUUGCCAGUCAGCAUAAGAAGAGAGAUGAAAGUAACAGCGAUACAUCUAUGGGAGGUGCCGGGGGAGGACCUAUGGGACCUGUUUUUAGUACAUUUGCUUAUGAAGAGGAAUCAGGAAGUGACUUGAAAUUGGAUGAUUUUCAUGCUUUUGCACGAGAAGGAGAUGAAGUAAACCUGCUCAAGUGCAUUGAGAUCGAUGCCCCCUUAAAUCUGAAAGACAGUGAGGGCCGCACUCCUUUGCACUGGGCUGUAGAUCGAGGCCAUUUGAACAUUACUGCAUUGCUUCUGAACAAGAACGCUGAUGUAAAUGCUAAGGAUGGUGAAGGUCUAACCCCUUUGCAUUAUGCUGCUGGGUGUGAGCGAACUGCAAUCGCAGAGUUACUUGUGAAACACGGUGCUGACAUAGAAGUGCGAGACAAUGAAGGAAAUGCUCCUAGGGAUCUUUGUGGGUCAAGGUGGUCAGGGUUGGAGCUUGUGACUAAAGCGGCUGGUUAAUUCUUUCAAUUCAAGGGUUCCAACAAUGUACAUUCUUCUGUCUUAAACUUCUCAAAGAUUAGGCAAUUUUUAAGCCUUGAUAGAUUGGCGCUGCUGUCUGAACUUUUGUAGUUCCUCACCUCGAUUUGUUCUUUGCUUACUUGGAUAAAUGAGAGUUUGGAGGGCUCAUGUUUAAUUGAAGCUAAUCCAAUUCAUGCACUGUCUCGUCUUCGUUUGUUAUGCAACAUUCUUAGCGUCAAUUUAUUUAACAA